UGAAGUCUAAAUUAGAUUAAAAAAAUAUGCAACUAACAAGUAACUAGGAAUAAAAAAUAAGAUACUAUAGUACUGUUUUAAACUAGUGCAGUUAAACCAGUUAGGCAGUGAGUGUGGACUUUUUAUGACUACAUAAUUAAGCAGCGGUUUCAGAUAAAUACCUGAAACCAAAAACAAUUACCCUGUUCAGGUGAUGCUGGGAAACUGAUUUUCAUAGUUUAACCCAGGAUUAAUGACUCUGGCAUGCUAUGAAUUUGGUAAUCAACAAGGUCCAACCAUCAGACCCACUUGCCAUGACAGGGUCAAGAGGGAGCUAGUGUCUUUCUCCAGUGGUCCAAGGACGAGAGGCAGGGUACACACAAGUCCAAUUAACCUAACAGUCAUGUACUUUUCAUGGGUUAACCGACACCUUUGAGUUAAUUGGGGGUGAACCUCAAACACAGUUUUCUUGCAUAACAUAAGAAAACUGUGCUACACAUAAUUGGCUUGGCUGAUAUCUUACUGAUGUCAGCAAGAUAUCAGUAAGAGCCACGCUCAAAUAGUUUUGUGCAAGUAUGGACAUGAUAGGAAUGUCAAACCAUCACAGAGCUAAUGAAACAAACUAGACCUGUUCUAUUUUAAACCAGUCAGAAAAACUAUUUCUAUUUGCUAAAUGCCAGAAAAUUGAGAAACAUGUUGGUUUAGUUUGUUUUAUGAAGCAGAAGAAUAUUUGGUCCAUUUAUUUCUUAGAAUCUUGCCAUUUUGUUUCAAGUGGUUUGAGUGCCUUUCAACAAGCUUCUCACAAUAGUUUGCUAGAAUUGUGUCCCAUUCCUGCUGACAGUAUUGGUGUAAAUAAUUCCUAUUUUCCACUGAGCAGUACAGGUUGGUGCUAUUCGGUACGCUAUUUUGUCUGUUUCCGAUUAAACCAACCCAUACUCCACCAUUCCUGGGCCCCCAUUUGUUGUGGGUCCAUAGGAUAAUGGUACAGUAUAGUUUGUGUGUGAUAUCAGGAGUGUGAAGCUACUGGUGUCACACAACACAGUGCAGAUUUGUUGUCGCACUAAUGUGACGCAACGGUAUGUGUUUGGGUGUAAUCCCACUUGUCCACUGAGACUCCAGCUGGCAGUGGAAAUGUUCUACUGAAUACGUCGGACCAUAAGAUAUUAUACCAAACCACACUGACCCCAGGCCAUAUCACUGAUAGGCAUUUUCUCAACCUACAUAAAAAGAAGACUACAGACAACGUUUUAGUUUUCAAUCAAGUCUUUUGCAAAAGGAGAAAACAUAGCGAAACACUUCUCCAAGUUGUUUACCAUGCGUUCUGCCAUUCUGCUGCAGAACUUUUCUUUCAGAGAAAGGGAGUGAAUGAACAUCAGGACUGCUAGACAGAUUUACCCAUAUAAAGGAAAAAGUGCGGAAUUAUUUCUAAAUGAAUUAAGUUUCAACAUGAGCCAGUUUACCACAGUACAGUGGAGAAAGAACUGACAGUCUGUAGUCUCUUCUAUCUGCGUUUUAAACUUGCUUUGCUGAGCUCAGAUGAAAUGCUGCUGUAACUCGUUAUAUGUCUGCCAUGCCUGAAAGAAGAAGCACAAUACAGGCAAACAGAUACACACAACUAUACAAACCCACACACCUGAAAACACCCCUGGUUGACAUGAAAACCGGUCAUUUGAAUAGACUUUACUUUCUGUUUUUGUGUAUUUUCCCUGUGAGCCUCUCUGGCUAAAUAGAAAGAGUAGUUAUCUUGCAAUUAGAAAUGCCAAUAGACUAUUUAGAUACAGUGUUGUCUAGACAUUCUCAUUCAGUAAUGCUAACUGACUAUAGUGACUGUUUCUGAUCCUAAAUUAUAGAAAUCUAAACCAAAUCUUGAACUACAUCAACAUUCAUUCAUUUCAAGCACACCUUUUCUGUGAAAUAUAAAGGAAUAAAGAACAGACAAAUGAAUCUCCUGCCUUCGAUGAUACGACAGAGAAACUUGUUAACUUCACGACGAAGAGCUUACAUAAGGGGAAAAAUUAUAAGAAUCAAAACCAGUUGUUGGGGUAAAAUGAAAACAUAACAUCAAAAAUGCUACAAAUGAUAUCCAAAUGCUAAAAGUCAGUAUGUCUUCAGAAAAAUAAACAGAAAAUGAGACAGGUCUAAUAACUCUCUUUAAAAGUUUAAGUUAUCCCAUAAACCGUAGCAUUUCGUUAACUUAUUUCUUCAUGGCUGGUGAGGCAUGAAGCCUAACCCAUGAAGGAUUAAUCCUAACCCUGCACCAUGUCAUCUCAUGGCUGCUAGGACAGCACUCACCCAACCAGUUCUUAUCUCAUCUCAUGGCUGCUAGGACAGCAGUCACCCAACCUGAUCUGAAUUCUUCUUCAAUUCACAGAAACAGGCUCAGGAGACAAAUCUGUUUACUUUCAUACUGGCUACAGGUUUGUGCAAUUCAACACUUUUGUUAAAUGAGGUGUAAAACCAGCAUUUGUAAAGAUACACAAUAAUUUAUGGAUAACUAUAUUCAUAUCUGGUGUGUUAUAAUGCAUUGGAAACAAGCUGAAGUUAACUUUAACUGAGAAAAGGCUGCAAAUAUCUUUUUCAUCAGGUGAAGUAUCUUGACAAACAGAAAACGACUUUUUUGUUGAGCAUUAAAGUAGAACAGGUGUAGUAAUAUUAUUAUACUAUAUGAACAGUAUGAUGCCAAAUUUCUUCUUUAAAUAAAUAAAGUGAGUAAAUAAUCUUCUGUAUAGAAAAAAAUCACCCCAAAAACAUACAAUUUUACAGGUGGCUUUAUUUAAUUUACUGUUUAAUUUUCUGUUGUCUGUUUCAAGGUGUUAAUAAACACAAUGCAAAUAUGAAGGAGAAUUUACAUCAGGUAGCUCCACCUUGUAUUCGUGUAGGGUGGGGCGUGGACAGUGAGGAGGAUGUUUCAUGGAAAUCAAACAGAAAUGACAUUGUCCUUCCUGUUCCUCCAACUUUUGGUGUAUCAUCAUAAGUCCAGACAACUCUCUGAGAAGCUGCCUUGAUGUUCCUUGACUUUCCAUUAAAGGUGGCAUCAUUAAGAAGACCUGCAGAUUUAAGACCAACGCAGAUCAUCAAGGACACAUUUUCUUGACUUUAAAACCAACGGAGCGUCUCUGAGUGCUGGCCAACAGAUUUGUUGGAUUAGCACAGAUUCAUAGUUUGUUUGGAUCUAGACAUGGAGCUAACAGGACAGAGCAAACCAUCGGGAUCUUUUCACAAAAUCCUCAGACUGGUUAUGUUCAGUGUUUUUAUUCUUGGAUGUAUUGUGACUGCCUUUUUCAUGUACUAUAAACCAUCCCCCACUUUCUUAAACCAUCUAUUAGAGUCAUCAGAUUGCACAAAGAACAUCCAGCAUGUUUAUACCGCAACCAAUUACAAAAACAUGACUAUAGUUCUUGUUUGGUUGUGGCCCUUUGGUCAAACCUAUGAAAUGAACAUCUGCAGCUCUGCCUUCAACAUCGAGGGCUGCUUCAUUACAGCAGACAGAAAGUUCUACAACAAAUCGGACGGAGUCGUCAUCCAUCACAGAGACAUUGCUGGGGACCUGUCCAACUUGCCAAAAUUACAGAGGCCUCCGCUCCAGAAAUGGAUCUGGAUGAACUUGGAGUCGCCGUCGCAUUCAGCCCAGCUUCCCGGGAUUAAUAACUUGUUCAAUCUGACUCUCAAUUACCGUCGAGAUUCCGACAUCCAAGUGCCUUAUGGGUCUAUUGUAGCAGCAGAUACUGUGGAGGACUUCGUACCACCAAGCAAAAACAAACUGGUCUGCUGGAUCGUCAGCAACUGGAGCCCUAAUCACGUGAGGUCAAAAUAUUACAAUGAGUUGAGAAACCAUGUUAACAUACAAACUUAUGGACGUGCCUUUAACAACUACAUCGCUGACAAAGAUUACAUCCCUACUAUGUCCAGUUGUAAGUUUUAUUUGUCUUUUGAGAACUCAAUCCACAAGGACUACAUCACUGAAAAACUAUACUUUCCCCUCUCUCUGGGCACAGUGCCAGUAGUUCUUGGCACAACCAGAGAAAACUAUGAGAACUUUGUUCCAAGAGAUGCUUUUAUCCAUGUGGAAGAUUUUAAGUCACCCAAAGAGCUGGCUGACUAUCUGCUUCUUCUGGACAAGAACGAAGAACUGUACCUUGGGUACUUUAAAUGGAGAAGGCACUUUAAAGUAAAUAGAGUCAAUUUCUGGGCAGAGCACACAUGUAAGGCCUGUGAUUACCUGAGACAACACAAAGAAUACAGGGCAUUCAAUAACCUUAACAAGUGGUACUGGGGCUGAUGGUGCUUAGAUGGACUAUGCAGCACUCAUCACCUCUAUAAGGUGGGACUCAGCACACAGAAAAAAAACAAUUACUUGGUGAGACAAACAUUAAGUUAAAUAUUUAGAUGUAAUAUUUAAUUCAGGCCUUUUUGAAGUACCAUCUCAUUUGUGAUUGUGAAGAUGUCACCUAUGCAGAGCACUGAAAUCAGAUGUGAAGGUAGUUUAACACUGUUGUGAAUAAUUUUGGAAAUCUGUAGAUGUCUUUAAACAUUCUUUGAUGUUUACAUUUGCACUGCAGAUCUAAAAGAUGCUUCUCUUUACAUUUUGUGAAGGAUGAUCAAUGAUCGUAGUAGCAAUUACUUUCAGCGGGCAUGUCAUUAAGAGCUUGGUUUCUGUAGUUGGUACCAGAAAAAAAUGAUGUGAAUUGGAUUUUAUUUAGAAGGUUCCCUUGCAGCCUGAACAACCAUAAUUUUCAGCAUUGUCCAAGUCUUGACAUGAAUGAAAAAAAUAUGUUAAUAGUAUGGAGACUAUCUUACCUUCCUCUCUUCUUACCUUUUUUUUUCUGCUUAACUUCUUGUUUCAUUCUAUCCUUCAACACUUCCGUGUUUAUGUAAAUCUGUUUUUUUUUUUACUUCUUGUAUUCUAAGUCCUCCUUUUCUUUCCUUUUUCUUUUCACUCUUCCAUCUCUUUUGUACUUUUCCAUUUCUUGUACAAAUCAGGAAUUAUUUUGUUAAUUUGCAGGUAUGGAGAUCAAAAACAUCUUGUACUAUGAAUGGGAUUAAAUCUCUUAUGUGUGGUUUCUACUGAAACUAUAAAAAAAAAAUUCUGCCAGUUUACUGAGACAUUUAGUGAGUCAGAACAAGUUUUUUGCCAAAUCAUUGUAUUUUGCCAAAUGUGUUCUAACUAUAGAUGUCUACUAGUAUAACUUAGAGAAUAAAUAUAUGUGUACGGUAACUGAA